CAUUUCAAAAUGUCAACAUUCAGCAAACAGGGUAUUCCCGACCUUCAAAGCCAAAUAAUCCUUGUUACUGGAGGCAACGCGGGCCUUGGGUAUGAAACGAUCCGCCAGCUCAGCAAGCACAACCCAGCUCGCAUCUAUCUCGCGGCUCGGUCCCGAACCAAAGCUAAACAAGCAAUUACCCAGCUUGAUCGGGAAAAUCCAGGCCUCACCAAGAUCCGAUUUCUCCAACUGGAUCUCGCCUCCUUUGAGAGCGUCAAAGAAGCUGCCGCAGACUUCCUUCGUCAAGAGACGCGCCUUGACAUCCUCAUAAACAACGCUGGCAUAAUGAUGACUCCGGAAGAUGUCACCACUGACGGAUACGAAAUCCAAUUUGGCACAAAUGUGCUGGGUCCUGCUUUAUUCACCCAGCUUCUACUGCCCAUUAUGCGCAGGACAGCAGAGGUCAAUAGCCAAGCUCGUAUGGUUAUGCUCUCCUCUGCUGCACACGCUAUGGCGCCCAGUGAUGUGUACAACUUCGACGAAUUUCGUACGACCGCCGCCAACCGCCGCACUACUCAGCGCUACGCCACGUCCAAGCUCGCCAAUCUCCAUUAUGCUAGAGCGUUGGCUGCGAGGGAAACAAAGGUGAAGAUUAUCUCGGUCCAUCCCGGGAUGGUGGCAACCAAUCUUCAUCAUUCCUCCACUGGCAUCUUCCUUAAAACCUUCCUCCAUGCUGCGAUUUACCUGGCUGCCACACCAGUGGAGAAAGGCGCUCUCUCUCAAGUCUUUGCGGCUAUUAGCCCAGAAGCGAAGCACGGACAGUACUAUGGCCCUAUAGGUAAGGCCGAAAAUGGAUCCAAAUUGAGCCGGGACCAUGACCUCAGGGAGCGAUUGUUCAGAUGGAUUCAGGCGGAGCUUUCACCACACGUGGGGACGAUUGUGUAA